AUGGACAGGCUGAGAACUGCUUUUAAAUCUCCAGUUGGAUUCUCACUAUUUCAGCUUGUUAAUGUUAAGGCUUGUCAUCUUCCAGUGGAAUUGGAACAUAAAGCAUUCUGGGCUUUGAAGGCCUUAAAUUAUGAUUUGAAGGCAGUAGGGGAGAAAAGAAAGCUCCAAUUGCAUGAACUAGAAGAAAUGAGGUUGAAGCUUUUCCCUAGGAAACUCAAAUUUAAGUGGUCAGACCCUUUCUCAAUUAAAUCUGUCAAAUCAUAUGGAGCCAUUGAACUUAAAGAUCCUGCUUCUAGAAGGUCUUGGUUAGUCAAUGGUCAAAGGCUCAAGCAUUAUCUAGGUGGUGAAGUUGAAAGACUCACUACCAUUACUCAUUUGAAGGAGCCAUGA